GCCAUUUUAAAACAAAGAAGAGAUAUGAAUAUGAUAUUAACCAUCUAAAGUAACAAGGAGUUGCGUUAUUAACGAAUUAACGAGGUUCUCUGUGAUUCGUUUAAAGAUAUCUUGCAACUUAAAUAUUUUUCGUGAGCUUUAAAGUGUAUUAUGUCAAUCAAUUGAAGGAAGCAAAAUUGUGGGAGUGUCUUAACUAAUUAAUUCCAGUUCUUAGAUCAUAUGUAUCGCGGAAGUGCUCUAUCGAACACCCGGUCAUAUUGUCUGCCACAUGAUGUCUUCUCUUCUGAUGCUCUUUGUUGUACUGCUAACCAGCAUUGUAGAUUGCGGAUCCCGCAGGAGAUCGAAGUCGUACAGGUCGAGAUAUGGAAAAUAUGGAUACGACCGAUGGGACAAAUGUCCAAACAUUAAAGGUUUCUUCAGCUAUGACCCAAAGUCACCUUGUGGGCCCCAACACUGGCAUAAAAAAUAUCCAAACUGUGGAGGCGACACACAAAGUCCCAUCGAUAUCCAGACUGACAAAACAAGGUGUGGAGAGGAUGAUGGCUACGAACGAGUUUAUUAUAAACCUUCAGGCAAAUCUAAAGGAAUAUUUGAAAAUAACGGUCAUGCGCCUAACUUUAAAGUAAAAAAGGGUGAUCAUUCAAACAUACUUAUUCUGGGUGACGACGAAAGGAACGACGACGAUGGCACCCGAUAUGUAUUUAAAGGACUUCACUUCCAUAUAGGAAAGAGAAGAUCGUCUUAUGGAUCGGAGCAUACCGUUAACAAGAAAGGCUACAAAGGCGAGAUACAUUUGGUACACAAUAGAGAGAAAGCAAAGAGGACAAACACUGGCGAUGAUGACAAAGAAAACGGUCAUGAAAAAAAGUAUCUUGUAGUAGGAGUGUUCUUUGAUGUUUUCGACGACUGUGGUAGUUAUGCGGACAAGCUGAUCUCGAAAUACGUGACCAAAAUUCCUGAGUAUUUGGACGAGACAAAACGGGCAGAGGUCAGGCCAAUACUAAUGUUGCCCGAGGAUGGAAAAUAUUAUUACUACGUUGGCUCCAAAACAACGCCCGGUUGUUAUCCUGGAUUUCUCUGGAUAAUAUUCAAAACACCGACUACUGUCUGUAAAAAGAAUUACAAAGUAUUGAAGGACUUGGAAACAUGGGAAGCUGGCAAUCCACCACUAAGUAAAUUUGGAAACAAUCGUCCAAUUCAACGCUACGCUGUAGACGACGUCAAAAUGAACUUUGGCAAGAGAUGCAGAGGGACAAAAUAGAAAUUCGGAAAUCUAAUUUCUGGAAAGUGUACAUAAAAUGUACGUGGACUAAUUUUCGCUAUUGCCACUUCAUCUCGACAUUUCGCGAGGUUUUGAACUCGCAAAAAUUACGAUAACACACUGUCCUUUUAUACUAAAUAUUCUUUAAUGAAUUUUAAACCGUCUCCCCUUAAAAAUAAAAUAGGAGAAUAGAAACCUUGCAGAAAACAAGUCAAUCACAGUAUAUAUCUGAAAUCUCAGUCAGAAUAAAGCUCUACUGAACUGUGCUGAUUUGUCUGUUUUAUAGUGAAUUUACAGUAGAAUACUACAUCUGAAUUUGGGAUGCAGGUGAUUUUAAUAGGAUCCCCGCACCACCGCCAAGCAUGUGUAAAUAUAAAAUUGAAACUUUUAACCUGAAAAUUGGCGAAAUAAAU